AUGAAAAGUUCAGAUGAUGCAAAUGACUUAGAAACAGAUAAAAUAGCCAAAGAAUUAUCAAUUGUAGCUAUAAUGAGAAUUGGUGAUUUAUGUUUAAAAUGUAAAGAUAUGAGAUUUAAUGCUAAUUAUUGGUCAGUUGAAGAAAAAGAAACAAAAGUUUUAGAAUGGAAUAAACAUAUAAAAUGGGCAUAUAAUGAACGAGAAAAUUAUAAGUAA